AUGGUGCCGACACCCGGUGACGUCGAGACGCUCUCCGCCUGCCAGCCGGAGUCCAGCCCGCUGCUGCUGCUGCGGCAGGCCGCGGUGGAGGCGGUCGAGGCAGACUGUCUGCUGGCCGGCGAGGACCCGACGUGGCAGUGCAGCCCGGCGGGGAAGGCGGUCGGCUCGUGGGAGGGCUGGUGGACCUACGACGGCGUGUCAGGUGUCGACCACUGGGGCGUCUUGAACCCGAACUGGAAAAUCUGCAAGUGCGGGCGGAAACAGUCACCGAUCAACUUUGAACCGGACCGCCUGCUGUUCGACACACACCUGCGGUUUGUGCACGUGGAUAAGCACGAGAUAAGUGGGACGCUGAACAACACGGGUCACGACGUGACCUUCUUCGCCGACCAGAGGUCGUCCUCGCCCCUGAUGGUCAGCGGCGGUCCGCUCUCCUAUCAGUACAGGUUCGAGCGCUUCCACCUGCACUUCGGCACCGUGAAGCACCAGCGGUCCGGCUUCGAGAACGCCACCGGCUCCGAGCACCGCGUGGACGGCCAGCAGUUUCCGGCAGAGAUUCAGCUGCUAUGUUACAGCAGCCUGUACGACAGCUUCGAGAAGGCCGUCCACCAGCCGAACGGUGUGGUGGGCAUCGCUAUUCUUAUUCAGAUGGGCGACGAGCCAAACCGAGGGCUGCGGAUCAUUACGGACGCCGUGACCAGGACCACCUACAAAGACGACUCGACGCCGCUGGAGAGCAUCUCGCUGCAUCUGCUGCUGCCCCAAACGGAGCAGUUCCUGACAUACGAGGGCUCGCUCACCACUCCGCCCUGCUACGAGACGGUCACCUGGAUCGUCUUCAACAAACCCAUCUACAUGAAUCGGCAGCAGCUACACAUGCUGAAGCGACUGAGGAAGAGCACCGCGGUUGAGAAGCUGGGGAACAACUUCCGUCCUCCUCAGCCUCUUCAUCACCGGGUCGUGAGAACCAACAUCGACUUCAGACGAAAGGUCGGAAAAGGAUGCCCUUCAAUGAAACGUGAAAUGGGUUAUAAAGCCAGCAAGUGGUUGGGAGCCUGAAGAGCGGUUCGACCAAUCUUCAACUUUGGUCAACAAGUUGAGCAAUACUGGCAAUACGAUUGCAGUACUGAGACGGGAACAGCAAUACAUUGUGCUCACGAUAAGAUAUUUGAAGCUUUACAGUGUAUACUCCUGCUUGCCCCAGCCAAUUCUCGCUUGGUCCAGGAAAGCUGCUAAUCAAUUACAGAGAACAGGAGUUUUGUUUAGUUUGCAAGCGAGCUUUGAUAUUGAAAUUCGCAAUUGUACGAAAUGCCUUGUCAUAGAUGAUGCCCCAUGGUGCAACUCCAAUUAGUGUUUUGAUGUAUUCGUGUCCAGACCAGACUUAAUAAAUGCAAUACACCGUGCUGAAAACCAGGCAUUACAAUAUGCAAUUUGGCCUUGGUGAAAUGAAUGCGUCAACCUGGCUACUUUUUACCAAUGCUGAAAUGUUUUAUGAAUCGCGUUCAUGUUUCGGAACGAGUGUAUCUAAUCUGCUUGAGAUUCACUUCCAACUUCAAAGCUCGCACAUUGGAAAUCGUACGACUCAAUUUGAUCCACCGGCUGAGAACCGUAGCGAUUUAGACGGCGCGUCAUUUGUGUACGAUGCAUGUACUAGGCCCGCCGUGGUCCUAAUCUCUGGUGGGUGGGUGGGGGCUGGGCGCGCUGGCUUAUGGAGAACUGUGACCAAUGUGCACUGCCGCGAGGGGCACCCCGUGUAGGCUUGCACCGCAAUGUCAUUGGGUGUCGACGUGCCUAUGUCAUGCCAUCACACCUUUCAAAGCGUACUGGCUGAUUUAUGUGCUGUUGUUGCGCUGCUGGUGUGACAUAAACGUACACGAGUUGGUGAAACUGUCUAGUGGUUAGAGACUUUGGCUUCCCGGUUUGGGGCCCGGGCUCAUCUGAGUUCGGGUUGCGCCGUGAUCGAGUGCUGAUAUGGCCAAUAGCACCCUGUAAAGAUGGGGCACGAUGGCGCACGUGUCUGUUUUCUUGGCACAAAACAUACAAAA